UCGUAUGUCCGCUAGGUUGUAUCUACCGCAUGAGCAAGGAGGAACUUGAGGUGCUUCGUACGCAACUCGGCGACGUCAUUGCAAAGGGUUGGAUUCACCCUAGCUCCUCGCCCUACGAGGCACCCGUUCUCUUCGUCCGGAAGAAGAACAAGGACUUGCGGCUAUGCAUUGACUACCGCAAGCUAAACGUGCAAACCGUGAAGAAUGCAGGCCCGCUCCCACGCAUCGACGAUUUUUUCGAACACUUGGCCGGUGCCACGUGCUUCUCGACGUUGGACCUCAAAUUCGAUUAUCACCAAAUUGAGAUCCAUCUGUGAGAUCAGUACAAGACCGCGUUCAAGACACAGUAUGGGCACUUCAAAUGGGUUGUAAUGCCAUUCAGCCUCACAAAUGCCCCGACUACUUUCCAAGCGCCACUGGCGACGGAGUUCCGCAACUUGUUGGACCGGUUUGUGCUUAUCUACCUCGGCGACAUCUUGGUUUAUAGUCGAGCCUUGGACGAGCACCUCGCGCACCUAUGCACCGUUUUGGAGAUGCUACGUAAGGCCAAGUACCAGGCCAGCCGAGCCAAGUGCGAUGUCGCUCAACAAGAGUUCGAGUACUUGGGUCACUUUGUGAUGCCCAAGGCAUCCGUCCGCUCGCAGACAAAAUUCAGGCUAUCCAAGAAUGGUCGGAACCCACCAUCACCACGGAGGUUCGCUCCUUCAUGGGAUUGGUCGGGUACCAUCAACGCUUCAUCGACGGAUAUGCACGGAUCGCUGCACCUUUUUCACGACUUCAGUCUCCGAAGUCAAGAUGCGACUCCCAUGUCGGAUGCUGGCAAACAGGCCAAUGCUGAGGGAAACAAAGGGGUUGGAAUUUACAGCUGGACGACUGAAGGUCCAUGGAUGCCAGAGCAAGUUGCCCUUGCCAGGUCCAGAUCGAUGGCAGGGGUGGAGAGAGAUUUAUCAGAGUUGACAAUGAGAGAUAAAGCCAGGUGUAUCUGGAAUCCGUUGAGGGACGAGGAAGGAUGGGAAGAGAUUGCGGAAGGAAGGGUGGAGUCGGUUGGGACGAUCGUCCUCUCGGAACAGGGUUGGCACCUGUUCUGCACGACACUUGCGGCAGGGCAGAACCCGAUGUGGCUUUUAGGGGAUGCUGAGGCAAGGGCUUGGCAGGCGGGGGAAAGCUUUGCUAACAAGGGAUGGGACACGGUCAGCAGUAGAGUCGUGAUGGGAGGAUGGAAGGAAUUUAAACCGCCCGGUGCCCGAAUCAAGACCUGGGUACCCGAGUUCAUGGCGGACUGGUUUGGGGGUUUUGAUCAUGUAACAGAGGUAGCCGACACGAUGGAGCGAAUACACGUGAAUUGCACAUGGUUGGCAGGGGAAUUUUAUAGGACGUCCUUAAAAUACGGGCCCUUCCACGGCGAUAGAGCCCGGGAGGUCCUCAUUAUUUUGGACAUCGAAAGGAAUGACCGGCAGGAGGUGGCCCCGGGAACCAAGGAGGCCAUAAUCCGCCGUGAGGGGAAUUCUAAGUCGGAAAUGGCGAUGAGACGCGCCCGGAUGCCGCGACGACCCGUGCACCCGCGGCCACCCACGGAAAACGGAGAUGGAUGGGAGGUGUCGCUCCCAGCAAGCGACAUGAUUCAAGGAUUGGACACCGAAUGGAGAGUCGUGACCCUGGGAAGAGGUCAGGCGUUCAUGAUGGUGGAAUGUUUGUGGGAUAGCAUGAGAAUCAAUAGGGGACCAGGGGACGAUCUGUAUACUGAUCUCAGGGUGACAGGAACCGUAUACCUGCCAGAGCUCGGGUGGCACAUGCUAGGUAAAGAAAUGGCAACGGAGGAAGGGAUCGAUGACCUGCAGAGCGGAGGGAAUCACGGUACGAACGGGAAUGGGGAACGAAACAAGGGAUCCGCCAGGGAUCGAGAGUCAGCCAAAUUGGAGGGGACCCGAGAAGACGGAAAGGGCGCCUCGAUUGGAGAAAGCUCGGGGGAAACUAAGGGUAGCAAAAGGGGACCUCAGGAAAACAGGGAAGGGGGAAACGAUGUGAGAACAAAUCCUCGAAACUCAGCAGGAGCCACCCCUAGAAAGACGAAAGUCUUGGAUACCAGUCAUAAACUGGCAGAAAUAGAGAAGCGGACCGCGAAAUUUAAGGCAAAACUUAUCGAGCAGAUGAUGGCCGGGGAUGAGGAGGACCUCCAGGACGCAGGGUCACGUGAGGGACGCAGGGCCGGUCAGGACGAGGCUAGGUAUGAGGGGAAGGAUGAUAGUCACAAAGGAAUGCCUGGCAAGAAGGGGAGGGACAAGAGCGACACCCCGGUGGAAGGAACGGAAAACGCUAUGACCCCACCCGCCAUUGACAACAGCACUAGCAGACUACCCGCCACGCCGAAAAUAACAGGGACGUGUGACGGACUCUGGAGCCUUAGGGAGAGAGUGCCAGGAUGGUUCGACCCAGAAGGAACACCGAAAACCAGGGAGAAGCAGAGGGAAAGCAAGGAAGGGGAAGGUGCCAGUGCAGACGGGGAAGCGGGUGGCUCCGAAGACGGGCUCAAGAAGGCCAACUUUAUCCUAGAAGGCAAUGGCCAAGAUAGGGUAAAUAUUACCACUCGCCGGGCCGGGGCAGAAGAGAAGCUCAUCCAAGAUACAGUAAUGGAGGAGCUCGCAGGGACUAGUACGGGCCAGCAAGAGACCGGAGUCGCGAAACAAGAGAAGGUCUAUGGGAAGCCAAGGAAGGACGAACCGGUAGACAAGGCUACGGCUGCAAAAAAGAAGUUCAGGUAUCAAAUUCCGAUCCUGACUUCGCCAGAAAUCGAUGGCACCUUGAGUAAGCUACUGGGUACCAUGGUUUCGGUGUCUUUUCAGACCAUGCUGCAAGCCAGCCCAAGGCUGCUUAAAGGACUCAGGCAGUUGCUAACGCGUAAGCCGGUAGAGGUAGAGGAGGCCCCGGAACUGCAAGAGCAGGACACGGAGGAGGCCGAGGCGCCGCAAGGAGUUUCCAACCUCCAAAGCAUUCCAGGGGGCCUGGGAGAGUUAGAGAAAGCCUUUGCGGACAUCCGCCUAAGCCUACCGGAUCGUGAAGGUGGCAAAGUCAUGAGGGCGCCACCCGCGACAAAGCUUAGCUUUCAUGCAUUACCAGUUGGGAAACUUAAAGUUCAAAUCGGAACUCACCACACUGACGCGUUAGUGGACGGCGGAGCAGAAAUCACCCUCAUACGACGGGAUUUCGCAACGGUCACGGGGUGCACGGUAAACAAGGAAGUAGCAGGGAGUAUCCGGGGAGCAAGUGGCGAAAUUCCUUUCACAGGGUAUGUCACCAAAUGUGCAGUCAGGGCGGGAAUCCGGGAAUCCAUCUGGUCCUUUCAGCGGAUGACCGUGAUGGAAGAAAUGGAUCACGACGUAGUCCUCGGGAGACCAUGGUGCGCCAAUGUGGAAAUAAUAGGAAUGCACCUGCACGACGGUACAUACAUGGUAUACAUAGAGGACCCAGUGACCGGCCGCGGAGAACUCCUCCGACUCCUCGGAACUGGAGGGGACCCUCCGAAGGGUAAAUUGGCAACUUGGUCGCCAACAUUCGAAGAAAGUGCACGGAAGGGAGCAUUUGCACGAAUGGAAGGAAUGAGGGAAAGGGUAGAAAUUAUGAUUGAAGAGGCUUUUAGUAAAAAGAAGUGGAUCAAGAUGGGCUUGCCCGUCAAGAAGAGGAGGCCAGAGGACGAGUCCCUGGAAGUUACGGUGGCAGAAAAAGAGUCGGAAGUCGAACUUGGGGCCAGCCUGCCCAAACCAAAGGAAGCCCGAAACGAAACAUCGGAGGUAGUGCUUGAAAUCCCAGAUUUACUACAACUCGUUAAGGCCAUCAGGUACCACAAAGUGGGGGUGGACCUCACAGCGCUUGCCAGAUUUGAGGAUGGGGUUCGAAAGGGCUACUGUCUGAAUGGGAAGCUAGUCAGCAUCCAGCCCCGCGUCUUGGAGAGUAUUUACUCCCUGGUAGACUUGUACUCAGGAUAUGAUCAGUUGCCGCUUGAUGCGAGGGAUAGACCGUACACCGCAAUGCACACCCCGGUAGGACAGCUGCAGAUGCAAGUGACCCGUAUGGGCUUCACAAAUGCGGUAGCAGAAGCCCAGAGGAGGAUGCUCGCCGUCGCAGGGGAUAUGUUUUCGGAAAAGUGUGAACCAUAUAUAGAUGAUAACCCCGUAAAAGGCGCAAGGUAUAAGGACGAGACGGAGGUCGAACCAGGCGUACGAAAAUUUGUUUGGGACCACCUGCAGGAUGUUAAGGACCUACUCCAGCGCUUCCUCGUUUACAAUAUUACUGCAAGCGGACCCAAGAGCAUCCUGGCAGUCCUGGAAGUAACCAUACUGGGAUUUCGUUGCGGAGCUUACAGGAGGAGACCCGACCCAGCAAAGACGGAUAAAAUCUCCCAGUGGCCGACACCCCUGCGUACCACGACGGAAGUACGGACCUUCCUAGGGGUGGUUGGGUUCUGGAGGAUCUUCAUUAAAGGAUUCGCAAAGAUAUCAGAACCCAUCCGCACGAUGAUUAGGGAAGGUGGCACUAUGGAUUGGACAGAGGACAGGGAAGAGGCAGCCCAAACCCUGAAAGACAUCCUGUCAUCCGAUCAGGUCACGUUAGCAGCACCCUGUUUUAAUGACGAGGUGGGACGGCCCUUCAUCUUAGAAACGGACGGGGGACCAUUGGCAGUGGGAGGAGUAUUGAUACAGAGAAGCGAGGAGGGCAAAGAAAGACCAAUCAAAUUUGAGAGUAGGACCCUGAAUUCAGCAGAACGACGGUAUUCGCAGUUCAAGAAAGAGGUCUUAGCAAUCCUGCAUUGUCUUAAGACCUUCCAGGCAUACUUGUUCGGGAGAUGGAUAGGCUUUAUAUGGCAAUUCGACUAUAAGGUCGAGCGAAUUGUAGGGCUUCGAAAUAAGGCAGAUGGGCUGAGCAGGGUUUGCAUCACGCCCGAAGGAGUAGAGGACGCGGAACCAAUCGACGCUUUCCAGGAGUAUGAAGAAGGGACCCUUGUGGUGGAUAAUGAGAUGGCAGAUCCAACAAUUACAACAGGUCAGUUGCUGAUUCAGACCUUGGAAAAAGACGCUCCUCCAGUAGUUGCAGAACUCAGGGAAGGACCGGUCACCACGGUCAGGCGCAAAGAGGAAAAGGACUCAUGGGGAGCAGAAGUAGGGGCCAGAGAGGAACUGAUGGCAAUGACCGUGGAAGGAGGACGGGACGCCGUGAUGACGUUGGCCGAAGCCUGGGCAUGGAAGGAGUGCCAAUACUUAGUCAACCUCACUCGGGAGGAGCAGGGUGCGGAUCAGAACGAACAGGAAUCCUUCCUCAUACAAAUGUAUGAGGGCGUUUUCAAAGAAAUCGGGUUGCUGCUUGUAGGGAACAAACAACCCACGGAAGUCAGUCUCGAGGCAAGGGAGGAAGUAGAAAAGUACGUCCUAAGAAGUGGCCACCUGUUCAAAAGAGAGGAAGGGAUGAUGCCUAGACGCGUCGUUUGUGGGAGGUCUAGGCAGCUGGACAUAAUUCAGGCAAUGCAUGAUGGACUAGCUGGGGGUCACCGGUCGUCAAAAGGGACACUUGCAAAGAUUGUACCCCUGUAUUUCUGGCCAGGAAUGGCAGGACGGCCAAGGAGACCGUGGGACAGGCGGGAACUAGCACCCGGAGCGGAACAGCGUGUGGGACGCAAGGGGGAACGGGGAGCGGAGAUCACCGUAAGGCGGAGGGACGUCAGGAGCACCAAGGGAAGACAUGGCACAGGCAGGACGAAGUGCCGGGACCACAAGGAACUAAGAAGAAGUGUGGUGCCGACGGGACUAGGUGUCGGGGACCACGCAAGACCAAGGGAUGACGUGGUAUCGACAGGGCGAAGUACCAGAAACCGUGAUGAUGAAGAGCCUGGGGGAUUCAUGUCUCGUGAUCCCUCUGGCCGGUGCAAAUGGCAGAAAACCCCGGUGGAGGGGAAGGAGUUUUUUGUGCAUGUCUUAUACACGAGCAGGAUUAUGGAGUCAGUUUGUUUCAGAUCUAUCCUUGAGAUGGCAAUUGAUCAGUUCUUUUCCCCGGAUGCCAGAGCAUUGUUGUCUCGAAUUGUCAUUGGUUGGACUUAUUUAAGCUCUCUUGAAGCGGUCCUCUACAAGCCUGCCUCUGUGUUUCGGGAUUUUACGCUUGAUGAUUGGCGCCGGUCAUGUGAAAGCUUGUCUUCCUGCCCAUGCUUCACAAAGCGUUUUCUGCCCUUCCACCACCCCUGCACUAUCAACAUGACUCAACCUUUCCCCUCUCCCUCCACUCAUAUCCUCUCCCUUGAUCCAGACAUUUUUGCGCUUCCUAAACUGGCGGAGCUCAUGUCACAUGGCCUUAAUCACAUUCCUCCUCGCCCUGCCAAUCCCCAUGCAGCAUUUCAUGAGUUUUUCAAAGCCUGGCGUGCCGUUGUCUCCUUCCUCGCUAAUCGAAUGCUCAUUACUAGCGCAAUGCAGUCAAGGGCGUCCAUGUUCGUUUCGGAGGAGCUUAGGGCACAACUUGGCUUUUCACAUCUUAGGAAGCACCAAGACUCCUCGUGCAUCAUCGAGACUCAUGCGGUUAAGCAUGAGAUUGACUUUUUGUCCAAACGUCUGUUCAUUGCAGGGACUGACAAGGCAGCUAACACUCUGUCGUUUGUGUGUAUUCAUCUUGUGAGAAAAUUGGCGUUGGAGAGGCUCAAUAGUGUUGAUUUUGUGCCGGUUUCCCUCACAGCAGGAGAAAUCUUGGAUGAUGCUGCAUCUUCCCUCAGCAGGAUCAUCCCUAAUGUUCCCAUGGGACCUAGGAAACUUCCUUACCUCAUGGCCUUAUACAAGCACCAUAAGCUUGCGUUUCGUUGGCUCACAAAUGCUUCCUUUUCUUUCCUUACCCCCGUAGCUUGUCUGUGUGAUGCGGUCUUGAAGUGCCUCACCCCUCUCGUUAUGGCCCGAUGCAAGGAGAUCACCGAUGGCUUGCGGAGUUUUCAUGGUAUUGAUACAUCUAUUUGGUGGGCUAUUGAGUCGGUCCAAGAUUAUUGCUUUAAUCUCCCGGACAAAGUCUUCUCUGUGUUUUCUGCGGACAUUACGAGAUGUUUUGAAACGAUUCCUAUUGAUGCAUCCCCUGAUAGCCUGACGGCUGCUGUGACCUUUUUUGUGGAUAUUGCUUUCAAAACCGCUUCUUCCAAAUGCCUUGGGAUGUUUGUGAAGUGCAGGGCGCGCUGGGAUGGUUCCUUUGCCUGCUCCGUGGUCAAAACAAGGGGGGACACUCCCUCCUCCACGGUGUUUUGGUUAGAUCCUGGAGAAGUCAUUGCACUUACCAAUUGGUUAGUUGCCCAUUGCUUUACUACCUUUGGUAAGCAAUUUUGGAGGCAGACUUCGGGAAUCCCCAUGGGUUUGCCAUGCUCCCCCAUUUGGUGCACUGUGUAUUUUUUCAAGUACGAGUAUGGCUUGAUUAUGAGGCUUAUAGACAGGAAAGUUGCACAUUUCCUUCCGUUGUUCAAGCACAUGUCCAGGUACAUUGAUGAUCUCCACGCCAUCAAUAACCCCUUCAUCUUGAAGUUCCUGCAGGACCCUCCUGAAGAUGAUGAUGGCAUCUUUGCCUUAUACCCGCUCCACCUCAUCCAGAUCAAAAAUCAGACUGAGGUCUUUGAGCUAUCCCCCUCUGGGAAAAUUUAUGGUCUAAAGGCUCAGUUUCUGAAUGUGUCAAUCGUGGUGACUUCUGAUUCUGCCGGAACGUUUUACACCACGAAGUUUGACAAACGCUUGGCGUUGGAUUUCCCGGUGCUUGGCGUAGAAGUCAUGUCUGCGCAAGCGGUCAAGGACGUCGCGGAGGUGUCUGAGGUGCUCCUCAAGGGUAUGACUGUAGACCAGGAUAUCGUCGAGGUUAACGAGAACGUACUGCUCAAGGAUGUCCCUGAAGAUGUCAUUCAUCGCCGUCUAGAAGGUAGCGGGUGCGUUGCUCCAGUAGCGAGAGGGGCGAACCGCGACGGAGAUGUCGGGAAACCCACUACUGAGGAGGGCGCAGGUGUACACUGCACCGUGGCUAGGAGGCGCCACGGGGAUGAGAGGCGCCGGGGGCGGACUGAGCAUGACGCUGGCGGGAAAGGUGGUUUAUCGACCAUGAAGGAAGUAAACUCACAAGCGAUCCACCGGCUGAAGAAGUGUGGCGCCAUCGGGAUGAAUGAGGAAGUUAGAAUACAACGACACCUCGAAUUGCAAGAAGGGCUGGACCGGAACAAUGGGGGAGGCGUUGAGGCCAGUGGGGAAGAAGAAUCAGAGGAGGAACAAGAUGAAUUUGGGCUGGCAGCUUACAUGCGAAGCCGAGUGGAGAAUUCCUCUGCUAUACUUGAGCGUGGUUCUGUAUGCGUUGAAAAGGUGUUUCCACAAUUGAGAAAGAAAGCGUGGAUCACGACCACUGAUGAUAUUCUUGGGGAGGCCGUAAUGACGUGCGACAUGAUCAAAGAAGAGAGUGGCGACGUCUUUGGCGUUGUGCAAAGUAGUGCAAGAGAUGAAGUGCGCGAGUUCGGUCAAGCGACAAACGAUAACAUAAAUGCAGUCAUGACCGCGGUCAGUCUUGGGGAGACUGCACACGAAGUCCAUAGAGAUGGACUACCAACGGACCAGGACAGUAUCCUUGUGGGUUGGCAUCUAGAAUUGGUCUCCGCCAUUAGACCAUUCUCUGCUCUUAUGCCACCCAUUGUACACUACCAGAUAACCAUGCUGGCUAUUCCUGCAGACGUCUUACGGCACGCUCACGAGGCCACUAACGGACAAGCCCCCUUCCUAAUAGAGAACUUGUCAUUCAGUGACUGGGCCACCGUGGUCGCAGUAAUGCAAACCAGACCCCACGAACUUGCUGACAAGAUCAAGGAGCUCGCCACCAACAUCGCAGGCGUCUGCAAGAAGUCAGCCAUCGAGAACAGGGAGGUGAACCUCAUUGUUGCCAAGGCAGAGAAGGUUAUCCUCGAACUCCAUGGCUAUGACACUGCACAUCUCGACAUCGCAGGACAGAUUUCCAGUAAUGAAAGAACAAAAACCUUUUCUGAUAUAUACGUCAGCAGCAUCGCAUUGACACCUGCGGAACUUGAAUAUUUCAAAAGGAAGGAGGCUUUGAGAAGGGACAACACUCACUUCGACAUUUCCACCGUGGCCAGAGACACCACCCACAAGUUCGGCAAGAACAACCCUUUCCUGCCCCUUGCAUCUAGCACGUGGACAGAAAAAGUUGUUCAACACGUAUAUAACAGACUAGGAAAACUAGACACGUUCAACUAUACUGCACCAAUCAAAGUCGACACUUACAUGGCGCUUAUAGGGCUUAGUAGUGCAGAUAUAGAGAACUGUCGAACAGCUGCCAAGAAUGGCACCAUCCACUUCCCUGCAGGAAGAGCUGGCUUCGAUGCAGACUUCCCACCGCUCUCCAAAUUGGAGAAAGGCUGUGAAGUUAACUUCACAUGGCUAGACCACAUGCUCUGGUACGUCAUCGACAACCUUGACAAGUUGGACCCGCAGGCACCCUCCGACAAAAUCAGAAUGCGAGAGUUCCAAGCCCUGCUACGCACAUCUUGGAGAAAACCAAUCCUGGCGCAGAUCACGUUCCUCUUCAUGAGGGAGUACAUGAUGAAGAUCGUUCACCUCAUCACACAGAGCAGGACCAUCACCGUGGAAGAGAUCCUCAACUUCGAAAAUUGCAAGGACGUACCCUUCGUGCGUAAGUUCACUGCGGCGCUCUUCCCCAAUGUAGAAGACGACGACACAAACUUUGAGGAGGUUGUGAAAGAUGUGAUUCAUGGUGGAUUGGAAUGUGGCGGGGGCGUUGGUGAGUCCGAAGGGCAUCACGAGGAACUCGUAGUGCCCGAAGCCAGAACGGAAUGUGGUUUUGCGGGUGUCCUCCUCGCGGAUGCGGAUCUAGUGGAAGCCGCUGCGGAGGUCAAUCUUGUCGAGAUUGUGGAGACAAAUGUUUUUAUGUCCUCGAUGGAUGAGUGGAUGGAUGUCACCAUGUGGAGGAGUGUCGCGAGAUCAGUGGCGGUAUCGGGUGCUGGUGUUUGCUUGCCUGUGAGGUUGCGGGCGAUGCUGUGGACAGAGUCGAUGCGGAUGUCGGACAUAUCAAUGCUGAAUGAUUGGGUCAUGGUGGGGGAGGAAGCGGUGGUAGCGGCGGAUGAGGUGUUAGCAGCAGAUGAGGUGGAGGGGCAGUAGCGGUGGCAGCGUCGACCGUUGCGCGUUGAGAGCUCCUGGUUGUUCGUGUCAUGCUCAGGGGGGGGUUCCUAUUUACAAGGGUAGAGUAACAUCAAUUGAUUUAGUGAUGAAGGUAAUUUCCAAAUAGAAUUCGCAAAAGAAGAAUUAAUUUUGAAUAAAUUAUUUCAAAAUUA